UUAUUUAAAAUGUGUAUACAUUUUUUGAGGACACUCUCUCACCGAUAUCAUUCCAAAACGUUUUUAAUAAGCCAUAUUCCAUCAAUUAUUUUCUGAACUGUGUAAAUAAAUCAAAUGUAGUUGUGUGAAAAGACAAAUGUUAAUUUAAUGCAUCUAGAGGCUCUAUUUAUCCCUGUGAUUUCGAUUGGUGAUGGAUUCCUUUCUGUAUUUUGUCUCACUCAGAACUUGUUUUGUUUGUUCUGUUUAACCAAUGAAAAACACUCAAUGAUGUUUUCAGGAGAGAAAAAAUAAGAUGACCUUCGUUUCACUUUUAACAUUGGUUUCAAGUUCUGUUCCAAAGUCCAACUAGUAUAGCUUUACGGUAGUCGUCGUUCCGUACAGGUCACUUCCCAAUCUCUCUUUUCCAAGUUUGAGUUUGAUUCAGCAAUCCGUGCCUAUCCGUGAGACGAUAAUCCAACACCUUUUCCCCCAUUUUAUUUUACCGCCAACAUGACAGAAAGAGUUGAAAUCAGCGGCGAAACGACUUUGCUUGCGACUCAACGGAGGAAGAAAAGAACAAUUUAUGUCAUUUAUCUUAUUGUUGCUUUGGACAUAACAUGGAUGUUUUUACAGUUCUCCAUAACGCCUUAUUUGGCAAAGAAACUGGGCUUUGACACUUUGUGGUUUGGUUAUUUGCAAACCAUGGUUGGUCUCAUCCAGCUGUUUGCAGGUCCUUUGUUUGGAAGGUUUGCAGAUGUUAUUGGGGCCCGGGCAGCACUGUCAUUGGCAUGCGCUGCAAAUAUAGUUUUCUUCAUUCUGCUGGCUGAAGCAGACUCAUUUGUCAUGCUUUUUCUCCAAAAACUCCCCACUGUUUUAAUGCAUGUCCAACCAGCUUCUCAGAUGGUAGUAGCAGACCUUUCAGAACCUGAAAAACGGGCUGAUGAGCUCUCCAAACUCGGUCUUUGUUUUGCCUUUGGAAUGAUAACUGGCUCCACUUUAGGUGGCCAUCUCGUCACAACCUGUGGGGAGAGAUUUGCUGCAUACAGUGGUGCUGCAGGAAGCACAUUAAAUUUGCUGUUGGUAUUAAGUUUUAUCCCGCAAACCACUAAACGUCAAACUCCAACAGCCAAAACAGAGUCAGCAGAUACCAAAUGCAAGUCCAUCUUCAAUGUGGGCCAGAUCACAAGACUUAUGAAGUAUGCAGGUGUAACACCAACAUUCUUUAUAAAGAUUGUUGCAGGUUUACCAUCAAGUAUUUUCCAAGUGAUGUUCUCGAUAAUUGCAAUGGAAUUUUUCAAGUUGACGCCUGAGGAAAAUGGAUAUAUAAUGGCUUAUUUUGGAAUAGCCCAACUGGUGGUUCAGGGGGGCAUGAUCGGGCCACUUACAGCAACAUACUCUGAGAGUUCACUGCUACUUCUGUCUAUUGGAAUUUCUGCUUUUGUGGGACUAACUCAGGCGUUCAUGCAGAAUGUGUUCCAAUUCUGCCUCACUGUGGUCCCCAUGAUGUUUUCUCUCUGUGUGUUUAAUGUCAUCACUGACAGCUUGCUUACCAAGGGCGUACCUUCCUCUGAUACAGGCACAAUGUUGGGAUUGUGUGCAUCCGUUCAGUCUCUACUUCGUACAGUUGGACCAACCAUUGGAGGCUUCCUCUAUGUGAACUAUGGCAUUUUCUCCAUCGGCUUUCUUCAGUUUGUGAGCAAUAGUAUUAUGUUUGUGUACCUGCUGCAGUGUCGACUCAACAAGAAAGCCAAAUAUAGGGAAUGACAUUAUGAAUGUUUUCAGAUCUUUUUAUCUUCUAACUAGUUAACAAAUAUUGAGAUUGGUUGUUUCAACUCAAUGGGUAGUGUAAACUUAUUUCACCUGUUCUCAAAUGUGUACACAAAAUAAGGUUAAUCUACAUUUGUACUGUCACAUCCGUAGUACUGUGUUGUAUAGUUGAAUAUUUUUUUUUCCAGACAGUUUGUCAUUGUAUAACUUGAAUAAUUGUACGGGAUCUCUGUUGGGAAGGGCUCAUAUGUAAACACAGGAGCAAGGAAAUUGUAAAUAAACAAUUCAUUUUGGA